AUGAGAGCUGUCUCUGUCCUCUUCGCGCUGGCCCUGUCAGCCAGCUCCGUGUUUGCCGCGUCCGACAACAUCUACUCGUCCAAGCGUCUCAUCCAGACCAGCGAGACCGAGAAGAAGUGGCUGAACGAGAAGCAGAUCUUCGAGCUCAUCGCCCAGCACAAGGGCUUCAUCGACAUCACCGAUACCCAGGACCUUCAGCGUGCCAGCAGCUUUGCCGCUCUCGACUUCCCUACCACGCUGACUCACCAGACCCAGGUCAACGCUGCAAUCCCCAAGAUCUCUGACGCUGUGCCCAAGUCUGUGCUGACCAACUUCACCCAGUUCACAAACAGGUACUACAACUCCAACAACGGCAAGACCUCCAGCACCUGGCUGCUCAACACCAUCAAGAGCACUGUGCCGGGCAUUGACGUGCAGCCUCAAGCAUCAUCGCCCGCAUCCCGGGUACCACCAAGGCCUAGCGAGAUUGUUGUGAUCUCGGCUCACCAGGACAGCAUCAACCAGGGCAGCCCAUCCACGGGCAGAGCCCCGGGUGCCGACGACGAUGGCUCGGGCACUGUCACCAUUCUUGAGGCCCUGCGUGUGCUGGUGGCCAGCGGUCUGAAGCCUGCCCGCACCAUCGAGUUCCACUGGUAUGCUGGUGAGGAGGGUGGUCUGCUCGGUUCGUCUGAUGUCGUCAGUGCUUACCGGAGCAAGCAGGUUGUUGCUGACAUCCAGUUUGACAUGACCGGUUACCCGGCUAACCCCCCGGCUGUCGGCAUUGUUACUGAUUACACUGACCCCACGUCCAAUGACCUUGUGCGCAAGAUUGUCACGACAUACACCGAUCUGCCGGCUAUCAAUUUCCAGUGCGGAUAUGGUUGCAGUGACCAUGCUAGCUGGAACAGGGGUGGUGUGCGGUCGUCUAUUCCGUUCGAGAACCAGUACCUCGAUGGCAACAGCAACAUCCACACGACGCGUGACACCCUGGACACCGUCAACUUCCCCCACCUUGCUCAAGUUUGUCAGGAUUGCGCUGGCCUAUGCCAUUGAGGUUGGAGAUGCCAAAUAAGUAAUUAUUCAACUUCAUUCGUUUGUUAGAUGAAGAAAUGCUAGUUUAUAAGAUUCAUUAGGGCGGGUAUCAUCUUGGGGUGAUAAGGUAUAGGUGUAAAAGGGU